AUGCAGCCUGACGCCCAGAGGCAGCCCGACAAGUUUUUGGAGCUCAGCCCGGCCUCCCUGCGGAGGGUAGGGGGCGUGCUCACGGCGCUGCUGCUGUUGGUGGGCGUCCUCCGGCUGCGCGCGUCCCCGCUCGGCGUCGCUGGGCCGCACCAUAUCGUGCUGCUGUUCGCCGCGGGCAACUACGCCUCCUCGGCCUCGUCGGCGCUGCAGCUCUGGUCGCUCCUCACCAAGCACCAGUCUUCGGCCGCGCUCUCCGUGCAGGCCUCUCGCCUCGCCUUUGGCGCCUCGCUGCUGCGCGCGGUGUGGUCGCUCACCGGCCACGCGUUCCGCGCGAGCCUGAUCUCCAACCUCGACGUGGUGCUCUCGGUGAUCCUGUCGGGCGCGCUCGCCCUCGCCCUCUCGCCCUCGGUCGGCCCUUCGCUCGGCGUGCAGCCGGCGCGCCUCGACGAGUUCCCAGCGUUUAAGGCGGCGGGCGCCGCCGCGGCGCUCUCAGUGCUCAGCAUGGUCUUUGGCCUCAGCGGCGAGGGCGACGAGGCCGCGCCUCCAGACGCCUCCAACUCGCUCCGGUGGGUCACGCUCGCGUGCGCCAUCUACACGCAGAUGCUGGCGGUGCUGCCGAUGCGCGCCGCCCUUGCACGCGCGAAGCGGGUCGAGGCGCUCACCUCGCACGCCGUCGCUUGCCUCGCCGUCGGCGCGGUGUUCCGGGUGCUGAUGUGGCUGCUGCUGAUGCUCGAAGGGGAGUUCCACAUGCUGCUGGCCCCUAGAUGCCCCACCCUCUCCGACCGCCACUUGAGAGCGCGCACUCCACCCGACUCGCCGGCAGCCCUCUGCCACUCGCCGCCUAUUCACGCGGCGCUGCUGGCGGAGGAGGAGGCGGAGAAGGAGGCGGGGCGCGCCAAGGAGAGCAAGAAGGGGAAGAAGAAGAAGAACAAGGGGAGGGCUGGCGGCGGAGGCGCUGGGCCGUCGCAGGCGCCCGAGGAUGAGGCGGACGAGACGGGAGAGGGCGAGGCGGCGGCGGCGGAGGUAGAGGAGGCGGAGCUGGCGGCGGCGCUCGAGGAGAGCGCGAGGCUGGAGGGAGCGAGGCCGGUGGUGGAGGAGCGGACGGUUGUCACUGCGACCGAGGGCGGCUCGCCGUCGGCUGCAGAGGCACCGGUUGCGAAGGAGGAGGAGGAGCCGCCGGCCGACUUCAUCUGCCCGAUCACGACCGAGAUUAUGGUCGAGCCAGUCGUGGCGGCCGACGGGCAGUCGUAUGAGCGGACUGCGAUCGAGCGCUGGCUCGCGACCAAGUCAACGAGCCCGCUGACGGGCGGCGAGCUCGAGCAUAGCAUCCUGAUCCCGAACCACAACUUGCGCCGGACGAUUCGAGAGUGGCAGGAGGCGCGGGCGUCUCUUUGA